AUGAAUGGUUUGUAAUCAGUAUUUAAAGUGAAAGGGGAUUCAGAGAAUCAUUUUAUAAGUCUUUCAAAAUUAUCAUUAGCCAUAAUUUAUGAUAAAAUCAUUAUAAGAGCAUAAAUAGAAGCAUAAAUAAAGAAAACUAUUUUUGACUAAGAAAACAAAGAAGAAGUCAAAAAAACAAAUCAAUAAUUAGAUUUAUAACAUUAUUAAAAUGAAAAUAUAUAUCCAAUUUGUUUGUAACCUGCAUAAUAUAAUAUUUAAGCAAAAGAGCAAUAUAAAAUAUCAAAAAAUCAUCAAGCAUUACAGACACUUCAUAAAAAUAAUUCUUAAUAAGAAGAUGUUAAAUAUAUUAUGAAUUUAUUAUUUAAUGAAUCAGAAGAGAAUGACUAUUUAAUAUUAAAAAAUGGUAUUCAACUUGAUACAUUAAAUAGUAUCAAUUAAAAUGGAAAUGCAAUAUUUCAAUUUAAUUUCAAACAUAAAAAUGAAACUUAAACCCUCUUGAAACUUUUAAUUGAAUAAAUUAUUAUAUCUUAUUUUGAAAAUAAUGAAGAGCAAUAAUAUUAUCGCAAAAUCAUAUUUGAUGUUUUGUAAUUACUUAUUUCAAAAUUUCCAUUGCUUUUACCAUAACUUUCAAGAAUUAAUUGUAGCCAAUUUCUUGAGAAAUAUAAAAAUAAAAUUGGAUAUGAAAAUUCGUAAUUACCUACUAAAAUUUCAUUUCUUACAUUAAUAACAAGAUUUAUUAUUCCAUCUAAGAAUUUUAUAUUUUGUAUUUGUUUGGAUACUAUAGUUCUAUAUAAGAAGCAAAAUAAUAUUGUUCCAUUUGCUUAUGAGAUUAGGAGACUAAUAAUAAAAUAGUUGUAUUCUGAGAUUAGUAGAUCUAUUAACAGUUUAAAUGAAAAAAUACUGAGCAUAUCUGAUAUUUUAGUCACUUUACUAUAAAUAAAAUCUGUUGCCAAGAUAUGUAUAUUAAACAUCUAAGAACCUUAGAAUUCUUAUAAUUUUAUAAAAAUAUACAUAGAAGGAAUUAAAAACUGCGAUAUUAAUAAAUAUUUUAAUUAAAGAGAUUAAUUAUUUUUUAUGAUUACGACCUUGAAUAUAUUAUAUCAAGUCGCCAUAAACUUACUUUUAGAAAAGACAGAACCAGUAAUUACUAAUAGUUUAUCAGUUAAUUAAAUGGAAUUAGGAAUCAUAGGACAAAUAAAUCCAAUAGAAAUUAAUGACUAAGUAUUUUAGAAUGAUUAAACCUAAUAAAGAUAUUAAGAUUAUAAUUCUUAAAAUGAAUAAUUUUAAUAUUAUUUAUAAAAUUGGCCUUUUUUAUCGAUUAAAAAUGGGCAAAUUUAAGUGAAUGCUGAUUAACAAAUGGAACCAGAUAUUCAAAUUCAUUAAAUGUUAAAUAUUCCUUUAAUAAAUGAUUCUUAAGAAAUCUUUGAUAAAGAAUUGGAAGAAGAAUUAAAUUAUUGGACAGAUGAUGCUUAGUAAAUUAUCGAAGAAGAACCUGAAAAUAAUUAAAAUAUUGAUAAUAGUUAUAAUGGCUUUAUAAAUGGUAUAUCAGAUUAAUUAGAAAAUUAGAUAUAUAAAACAAUUAAAUUUUAAGGAUUACGUUUUCCAUAUUAAUUUUAAAUAUACUUACAAUAAUUUAAAUAAAUUUUACCAUCAUAAAAUAAUGCCUAACUGAUGCCUAAUUUUUAUCGAUGGUCGUAGAAUUUAUAUUAAGGGAAUAUUAAUUAAUCACCAAAUGUUAUUAGAAAUUAAUUAGUUCCUAGAUUAGGAAUGAUGGAUCAAUUACCAAAUGUUAAUAGGAACAUUUUAGGUCCUAGAUUAGGAAUGAUGGAUCAAUUACCAAAUAUUUUUAGAAAUUAAUUAGGUCCUAGAUUAGGAAUGAUGAAUCAAUUACCAAAUGUUAAUAGGAUCAUUUUAGGUCCUAGAUUAGGAAUGAUGGAUCAAUAACUUAACCUCAAUAGAAAUUAAAAUUAAAAUUUUGGAAACGUUUAAAAUCAAAAUAUAAACAAUAAUGGAGUAGAUGAUGAUGAGGAAAACGAAGAUAUGACUGAUCAAAUAGAUUUUGAAAUGGGUCUAGGAUACAAUCAAGGAAAUAAUUAUGACUUUUAAAUGGAAUAUGGAAAUUAAUAGUAACAAUAAUAACCAAAUAAUUAACCUAUACGUUAGAACAUUUAACCUUAAUUUUUAUAAAUAAAAAAUAUUGUUAAUUCUGUAUUGAAUAAUAGAAAAUAGACCUUAUAGCAUUUAGGUAAAAUAGAUUAAUAAUUAAUAUAAUUUUUGUUAAAAUUCUUAUAUGUAGAUGAUAAUUAUGGCUCAAAUUAUGAUUACAUAAAUACUAUUUUAAUAAGUCUUGGAACAAAAGCAAAUUUUAACAAUUAAAUAAUCUAAGCUGCCAUUAACACUUUAAAAAAGACUACUUAAAAUUAAAUAUAAGAAAAUGCUGAUGAACAAACUUUUAUACUUUCAAGAAAUGAAAUAAUAAGAGAUUUUGAUUAUACCUCAAAUUUUAUCUAAAAUAAAGUAUUCAAACUUUUACUUUAAUUACAAUCAACUUCAAAAUAGAAUAUAUCAAAUGAAAAUAUUAAAGAUUGUUUUGAGCUACUUUUUAAAUUAAAAGGCAAUAGUCUGAAACAACUCCUUUAAUUUUUAGCGAAUUAAGAAUAAAAAUAUCAAUUAACAUUAGCUCCAGAGCAGGUUAAAAUGUUAUAUAAUUUUAUGAUUGAAUAGGAUGAUAUUUAAAAUAGUUCUAAUUGCAUGAAGUUUAUAUCUAAUCUAUGGAAUGUUGAUAAAAAUGCGUAUAAAAUAAUAAUAAUAAUAAUAAUAAUAAUAAUAAUAAUAAUAAUAAUAAUAAGAAUAACUAGACUCAAUAGCAAAGGAAUUACUUAAAUUACUUGAUGUUUUAUUAGAUUAGGUUGCUGAAAAUUUAACAAUUAAAGCUGUAAAUUUUAUAUUAGCAGUUUUAAGUAAUUUAAUAACAAAAAAUUAAGAAUCUUUGAAUCUAAUAUUAGUAGGAGUCUAAAAAACACUUGAUUCGAAUGUUUAAAAUCAAAUUACUUUUUAGAUAUGUAUUGAAAUCCUAGUUAAAGUUUUUAAAAAAAAUAGAUCAUGUAUCAACCAAUUUGUUUAGUAAAUGAAUGGUUUGUAAUCAGUAUUUAAAGUGAAAGGGGAUUCAUAUAAUCAUUUUAUAAGUCUUUCAAAAUUAUCAUUAGCCAUAAUUUAUGAUAAAAUCAUUAUAAGAGCAUAAAUAGAAGCAUAAAUAAAGAAAACUAUUUUUGACUAAGAAAACAAAGAAGAAGUCAAAAAAACAAAUCAAUAAUUAGAUUUAUAACAUUAUUAAAAUGAAAAUAUAUAUCCAAUUUGUUUGUAACCUGCAUAAUAUAAUAUUUAAGCAAAAGAGCAAUAUAAAAUAUCAAAAAAUCAUCAAGCAUUACAGACACUUCAUAAAAAUAAUUCUUAAUAAGAAGAUGUUAAAUAUAUUAUGAAUUUAUUAUUUAAUGAAUCAGAAGAGAAUGACUAUUUAAUAUUAAAAAAUGGUAUUCAACUUGAUACAUUAAAUAGUAUCAAUUAAAAUGGAAAUGCAAUAUUUCAAUUUAAGAUUUUGAUAGGUUAUUUAAGAUACUUUGUUAAAAUGGCAGAGAAUACAUCAAUCAAAUAGUAAAAGAGUAAAUUAACAAAAUGAUACCUUAUUUUAAAACUAUUAGAUAAAAUCAAUUUAGAAGGAAUGAUUAUCUUUUUGAAAAAGAUUUUUUAGAUGGCAUUUUAACAUAUCAUCCUCAAGUAAUAGAUUUUUAAAAUAAAAAAGAGUAUUUUUAUUAAAAAUAAUUAAUAAAUGGAAGGAAUUAAUAACAAAAUUUUGGAGGAGAAAGAAUGCUUAUAAUAAGGAGAGAAUACAUUUUCGAAGACUCUUAUAGAUAAAUUAAAAGCAUAACCAAUCCUAAUAUGCUUAAAGAAUAAUUGAAAAUUAUUUUUGAAGGGGAAUAGGGAUAGGAUGGAGGUGGAUUGACGAGAAAUUGGAUUUACAAACUUUCAGAAUAAAUUGUAGAUUAAAAAUAUAAACUAUUUAUACCUAAUUCAGACAAUACAUGUUUUAUAAUAAAUAGGGAAUCAUCUAGUGAUCCUGAUCAUCUUAACAAAUUUAAAUUUGUUGGAAAGAUUUUUGCUCUUGCCAUUCUAAAAAAAGUUCCUAUAUAUGGCUAAUUUCCAAUCUCAAUGUUUAAACAUAUUGUAGGCCAAAAAUUAUCCAGGGCUGAUAUCCAAAAUUAUGAUGAAGGGCUGAAGAAUACAUUUGAUCUUAUCUAUAAUUAGAGAAUUGAUUCUAAUUGGAAUUUGUUUUGGGCAUACACAAUUAAAUAAGGUGGUGUACCUAAAGAUGUGGAACUUAAACCUGGGGGUAAAGAUAUUGAAGUUACAGAAUAUGAUAAAAAAGAUUUUGUAAGAAAAUAUUGUCACUAAAUUAUGGCAAAAGAUAUUGAAGAUCAAAUUAAAGCCAUUUAAGAUGGGUUUUAUUCACUAAUACCAAAAGAAGAUAUUAAAAUCUUUGAUUCAAUUUAAUUAGAAUUAUUACUAUGUGGUGAAUCAAAUAUAAAUGGUAUUAAUUUAUAUAAAAAAUCAUUAGUUGAGGAUCUUAUAAGAACUUUGAGAUAUCAAGGUUAUACUGCCCAACAUUAAGUGAUUGGAUGGUUUUAAAAUAUAUUGAGGAGUUUUAAUUAAGAUAUGCUAGCUAAGUUUUUAAGUCUUGCAACAGGUAAAAAUCAGAUAAAUUUAAGGCCACCCAAAACUUCCUGUUGGAGGAUUUUAAAAUCCAGAGUGUAGAAUUACAAUAAGUUUACCAAAUUAUCUAUAAAAUGAUAUUGAUUCAAGAUUACCUACAGGGCAUACAUGGUAUAACUAAAAUUUAAUAAAUAGCACUCGUGUAUUAGACCUACCUGCUUAUUCCAACGAAGAAACUUUAAGAAUAUAAUUAGAAACAGCUUUAAAUGAAGGAGGAGAAGGAUUUGAUCUAGCUUGA